GAAAGGGAAAGAAAACCUCAUCUUCAGACCCUCCACCUCGGCUGCGGUUUCUAGGGUUCCUCCAGCGAGGUCAGAGGGCCAUCCGUCUUGACUGCUUCUUGUUGCUGCGGGGAAGGAAUUGUGAAACAAGUUUUUAAAGACAUGUCGAGCACUAAAACUAAAACUAAUGAUUCAAAAGGAAGGAAGAAAGAAGUCAAAAAGGAAACAGGUCUUGGCUUAACUUACAAGAAAGAUGAGAACUUUGGAGAGUGGUACUCUGAGGUGGUUGUUAGUGGUGAAAUGAUCGAGUACUAUGAUAUUUCUGGCUGUUAUAUCUUAAGGCCAUGGACGAUGGCCAUUUGGGAAGCACUUCAAGUGUUUUUUGAUGCAGAAAUAAAGAAAAUGAAUAUCAAAAACUGUUAUUUUCCACUUUUUGUAACUGAAAAUGUACUGCAGAAGGAGAAAGAUCACAUAGAGGGUUUUGCCCCUGAGGUUGCUUGGGUCACCAAAUCAGGACAAAGUGAGUUAGAGGUCCCAAUAGCCAUUCGUCCUACAAGUGAGACUGUGAUGUACCCAUACUACUCUAAAUGGAUUAGGGGGCAUCGUGAUUUACCCUUGAAGCUUAACCAAUGGUGCAAUGUGGUGAGAUGGGAGUUCAGCAACCCAACUCCAUUUAUCAGGAGUCGGGAGUUCCUUUGGCAAGAAGGGCAUACUGCUUUUGCGACAAAGGAAGAAGCAGAUCAGGAGGUUCUUGAUAUAUUGGAACUGUACCGUAGAAUAUAUGAAGAAUACCUAGCAAUCCCAGUUGUGAAGGGAAAGAAAAGUGAGCUAGAGAAAUUUGCUGGUGGUCUUUAUACUACAAGUGUUGAGGCUUUCGUUCCAAACACAGGUCGUGGUGUACAAGGUGCCACCUCGCAUUGUCUUGGUCAAAAUUUUGCUAAGAUGUUUCAGAUAAAUUUUGAGAAUGAGAAGGGUGAAAAGGCAAUGGCAUGGCAAAACUCAUGGGCUUACAGCACUCGAACGAUCGGGGUGAUGGUUAUGGUUCAUGGUGAUGACAAAGGAUUGGUGUUGCCUCCUAAAGUUGCAUCAGUACAGAUUGUGGUGAUUCCUGUACCAUACAAGGAUGCUGAUACACAAGCAAUCUUUGAUGCGUGCUCAGAAACAGUGAAAUCAUUGAACGAAGCUGGUUUCAGGGCUGAGGCAGAUUUAAGAGAUAAUUACUCACCUGGCUGGAAGUAUUCUCACUGGGAAAUGAAAGGGGUUCCCCUGAGAAUUGAAAUUGGACCUAAAGAUAUAGCAAAUAAACAGGUACGUGUUGUUAGACGUGACAAUGGUGCAAAAGUGGACAUCCCUGUAGUCGGUUUGGUUGAACAGGUGAAAGACAUACUUUCUACUAUUCAAGAGAGCCUGUUUAAUGCCGCAAAAGAGAAAAGAGAUGCCUGCAUCAAGGUUGUCAGGACAUGGGAUGAAUUUUUGAAGGCCCUUAAUGACAAAAAGUUGAUUUUGGCUCCAUGGUGUGAUGAAGAGGAAGUUGAGAAGGAUGUUAAGUUGAAAACAAAAGGCGAGCUGGGAGCUGCAAAGACCUUAUGCACUCCUUUUGAUCAGCCUGAACUUCCUGAAGGCACUCUUUGCUUUACCUCUGGGAAGCCUGCUAAAAAAUGGACAUACUGGGGCCGGAGCUACUGAGUUUGUUUCUCUGGUUUAGUCUACAACCGACGUAAACUGGGGUUGGUCAUUGAGAUUUUGUCACACAUUCAGAUUCUGUAUUUUUUUUUUACUUAAGUUUCAAGGAACAUAAAGAGGACUUAUAGUUUCGGGAUUCAUAUUUACCUGUAGCAUACACCUGAAAUGUUUUAUUUUAGACAGGGCAAACUGUGACGUUCAAUUCCCCAUCCUUCGUGAGCUUGAUAUAUGCCAACUCCACCAUAAAAUUUA